AUGGAAAAUAAACUAAAGUAUGGUAGUAUAGAUAAGUUUCGCAAUAAAUUGCACUUCACUCAUGGUUUGGAGGUACCAAGACAAGGGCAAGGUGGUGGUCUUAUGCUCUUGUGGAAGUCCCAUGUCAACCUUUCACUAAACAAUUUUUCUUCCAACCACAUUGACUGUUUUGUGGAAAGUCAGGAUGGAGAUUUCAAUGUCAUUUCAACUGAAGAUAAAAUUGGGGGUCCUAGGCGAAUUAUAGCACAAAUUGAUGCCUUCUGUCCAGUUGUGGAUGGCUGCCAUCUUUGCCAAAUACCAUAUGAAGGAGAAAGGAUAACAUGGACUAACAAAAGUCAGGGGAAUGACAAUGUUAAGGAACGACUUGACUAUGGUUUUGUAGAUGUUCACUGGGAAUCAACCUUUCAUGCUCCAUCAUUGAAGCAUUUAGACUUUGAUAAAGCUGAUCAUCGAGCUAUCAAAGCAACUAUUACUGCACUAGUUGAUCAGAUUGAAACACCAAAAUGGCAUCAUGCUACUUUUGGAAAACUGAAGAAAGAAAUAAAAGAUUCUCAUGAACAUGUUGCUGCUCUCCAAAAUUCUCCUAGAACUGAUCCUGAUCAUUUUGCAGCACUUCAAAAUUUUGAAUUAAUUUUGGAUGAGUUGUUAGGUAAAGAGAAGGAUUAUUGGCAUCAAAGAUUUAGAAUUACAUGGAUGCUGUCAAGUGAUUCUAAUACACAAUUCUUUCAUCAACUUGCCAAUGCAAGGUCUGCCACUAAUCGUAUUAAAAAGCUCAAAGAUUCAAAUGACAACACUCAAACCAGUACACAUGGCCUGGUUGAUAUUAUUUCUAGCCAUUUCAAACCCUUUUUAGCAGUCAAGGUGUAG